UUGCGUUGGCUGACUGGUUGGGUCCAGCCCCGUGACGUCAUCGGGUCGGUCUCUCGCUCUCAGAAGUUUCCGUCGCUCUCCGGCAGGUCGGCGGGACCAGACAGCUGUUCCACCCGCAGAGGAACCGCCAGAACAUGAGCAGCGCGGACUGAGCGGUCGGUUCUGCUACAGGAGGGUCGUUUGGUUCCGGACGGAUCUGGACCUGCUGAGGGUCGUGAAAGGUCAUCGGUUCAAACCGGAGGACGGCAGAAUGGUAACGACCAAAGAAGCCGGUCUCAACCCUAAUGCCAAAGUUUGGCAAGGCGUCCCCGUCCAGCCCAGCGAAAUCCCCGUGGAGACGGAGGAUUGUCCGUGGCUGCAGACGUGUCCUCCAGCGUCCGACGUGACUGAAGGUAAAGGAUUCCCCGCCGAGCAUGUGGACGUCACAGAGGACUGCUCCACUGAAUCCACCGGCAGCGACGUGGACUCGCCCCACAGCGUCUGUCUGGUCUUCGACUCUCACAGUGAAGCUGCAGACGGCUCUGAGAACCAGCCAAUGACAGAAGAGGGUUUACGGCGAGCGCUCAAGCAUCGGCUGGAGGCUUGUUUUAGUCGGGAGAAUCUGUCGAAGGAUCUGUACCUCAUCUCUCAGAUGGACAGCGAUCAGUUCGUCUCCAUCUGGACUGUCGCUUGUAUGGAGGACAUCAAAGCUCUCACCACGGAUAUCGACCUCAUUCUGGAUGUGCUGAAAGCUUCUCCUAUGGUGCAAGUGGAUGAAUCCGGUAAGAAGGUCCGACCGAACCACAGCCGCUGUGUCAUCAUUCUUAGAGAAAUCCCAGAGACGACCCCAGUGCAGGAAGUGGAAGCUCUAUUUAAGAGUGAAAACUGUCCAAAAGUGUUGAGGACUGAGUUUGCUCACAACAGCAGCUGGUACAUCACAUUUCAGUCUGAUAUGGAUGCACAGCAGGCUUACAAGUAUCUGCGAGAGGAUGUGAAACUAUUUCAGGGGAAACCAAUCAUGGCUCGUAUUAAAGCCGUGAACACGUUCUUUGGAAAGAACGGCUUCCCCGCCGCAGAUCCGGCGGUGUACCAGCAGCAGCAGCAGCAGCUGCAGCCUCCGGGCGACUCGCCCGUCUUCAUGCCGCAGAUGUUCGGCCCUCAGCAGCAGUUCCCCGUUUAUCCGGUCGUCUCUCCGUCCUGGAACGCUGCAGUCGUGCCUCACUUUGAAAUGCCACUGGCUCCUUUUCCUAACGGUGGGUUCAUGAACACGUACGGCGGAGCAGACGCCUAUAAAGCCAACUCCAGCUCCGUCAGCGGCCCGCGGUCCAGGGGCAGCCCUAAAGACUCCUCCUCUCCAGCGACCAGCAUCCCCGGCGUGGAGCUGACCCGGUCAGGACGAGAAAGAAGAGGCGUCCGCAGAAGCUGGAGGAGGAGUGAGGACGAGCACGCUGCGAGACCCGCUCCUGUUAUGGAGGAAAGAACGCCCAAGUUCGACUUUGAAGCUUCCAGCUUCCCUCCACUCCCAGGAUCUGUGCCCCCCGUCCAGGAGCGUUCUGUGGUGGAGGUGCGCCUGUCUGAUGUUGUUCGGGGCACCAAGGUUCCCACCAAGGCUGUGAGUCGCGACGUCGGUUUGAUUCAAAACUCAAAACCUGCAUCCAGCAUCCAGACUCCUGCAGCCUCCAGCUCUUCACAUACUAGAGAGCAGGACAUCCAUCCUUCGGUCCCGAAGACGGACCUCGUGUCCGUCCAAACCGCUCCUCCAGCAGCAGAACCGGCUUCCCCCACGUCCACCCAGGAGGUGACCUCAGAAGAGACACGCCCAUCCGCCCCUGAUGCAGCACCUGAACAGGAGCUGAAAAAGCUCAGCUACGCACAGGUGUGUCAGAGGCCAGCUAAAGACCCGCCCCCCGCGCCGACGCCCUCCUCACCCGCUCAGCCGCUGCAGGAGCUGAAGGUCAACGCGGUGGAGGAAGGUCAUCUGGGCUCCCGGCAGACGUCAGAGGACGGCGGCGAUGACAAACGGCCCCCCCGCAGACCGCCACACGGCGCCCGAGACACUCCCGACAGAGGACGGGCUCCAGCCUCCAGGAGGCGGGAGCAGCAGAGAGGCUCCAGUCACGGCAAACGGUUCCCGCCGCCGCAGGGAUCCAGACGCAGCGGGAAGGAGCAGAACGCCCCCCCCAACUCGCCAAAAUAGGUUUAUGUCAAUAAAAAUGACCUUCAACAGAAACGA